AAAUAAUCAAAUUUCACUACUUGAUAUUUUUCCAAAACGUUACAUCUGCAAAUCCAACUUAACUCCCGCUUCCUUCACAGAUCAUCUCAUUUUGCUGUACGAUAUUGAUCAUUUUUGUCUCAAUUAGAGUGUGUUCCAUUGUUGUGUUGUGUCAAAACAGAUAUUGUAAUAAUGGAUAGAGUACGGCCAGUGUAUACAAGGCAGCCGAGUGGAUCAACCACACCUACUUCCGGUCCCCCUUCCUCACCAAUGAACUCCCCAUUCAAAACGCAUGUACGUUCUGGUUCAGCUGGAAAUGUGAGGAGACCUCAAAAUACAAAAGCUGCAGCUCAGAGGCUUGCUCAGGUUAUGUCACAUCAAAUGCCUGAUGAUGAAGAUGAUGAGGAUGAUCUAUUAUAUGACUAUACCCCUGCGAAUCUCUUAUCAGGUGUCGGCCACGCUAGUUCCAGGCCGAACAGAAAUCGCUCCCCAAUGGCAGUUAGAACUCCCAUAGAACAACCUUCGCACGUCCGAGCAGCGUCAGGUUUACGAUCGUCUCCAGUUGUCAACCCUGUGGAACAACCUUCCUCAACUCGGUCUAGCUCAGUUGUUCGAUUAGCUUCAUCAAACUCCUUGGAACAGAUUUCCUCAGCUCAGUCUCCUCUAGCAGGUCGUUCAUCUCAAUCAACAAGUUCCGCGGAAGAGAUUCAACCUCCAUCUGCAACUUCUAACUCAGCAACUAGUCGGUCAUCUCAAUUUAACGUCAUGGAACAACCUUUAUCAGCACGUUCAUCUAGUCGCCCAAAUCUACCAGCAAAAAUAGUACCAAUGGUACCCCCAGUUGUCCCAAUUUCCCUUAAACCCACGGUAUCUGCUAUUCCACCAGAUGGUCAGCCAGAUACCCGCAAGGAUAAAAGGUUAUCUUUGGAUUUUGGGACUUUUAAAUACAAAGAAGCUACUCAGCAGCCAACUUCAUCUUCUGCACUGCAAGAUGAGCUCGACAUGCUUCAAGAAGAGAAUGAAAAUCUACUAGAAAAGGUUCGACUUACAGAAGAGAGGUGUGAGGAAGCAGAAGCAAGAGCUAGGCAGCUCGAGCGACAGGUUGCAAAUCUUGGUGAUGGUGUCUCAUUAGAAGCUCGUCUUUUGAGCCGGAAGGAAGCUGCUUUACAACAAAGAGAGGCUGCUUUGAAAGUUGUAUCACAAACUUAUGGUGGAAAAGGCGAGAUUGAAGCACUUCGUACAGAAGCAGAGACUGCAAGAGAUGAAGCAAAUUCAGCCUUGGAACAGCUGCAUGAGGUUGAGAGAGAAUUUAAAUCACUGCGAACUAUGACACAAAGAGUGAUGCUGACUCAGGAAGAGAUGGAAGAAGUUGUCUUAAAGAGAUGCUGGCUUGCUCGGUAUUGGAGUUUAUGUGUUCAAUAUGGUAUUCAUCCAGAAAUGGCUCCAGCUAGAAAUGAAUAUUGGUCAUCUUUUGCCCCUCUUCCGACUGAAGUUGUCUUAUCGGCUGGACAAAGAGCCAAAGAUGAGAAUUUUGUUGUUGACAAUGAUUUGGAGGAGCGAGAAAAGGGAAUUCGUAAUCUGAAUGAACUUGUCUCAGAGGGAAGUGUUGAAAGCAUGCUUUUCGUGGAGAAAGGUCUAAGAGAACUGUCAUCUCUCAAGGUUGAAGAGGCAAUAGCGGUUGCAAUGGCACAAAAACGACGUCCAGGUGCACUAAAAGCUACAGAUGAUUUGAAGCUACCAUUUGAGGGACAGCCAUUUACAGAAGCAUUUGAACUAAGCAAAGAAGAAGUAGAUGAUGUUCGCUUCAAGAAGGCUUGGCUAACUUAUUUUUGGAGAAGGGCAAAGAAUCAUGGGCUAAAUGCGGACAUUGCAGAGGAGAGAUUGCAAUUCUGGAUCAGCCAAGAGGAUGCAUUGCCAACGUCAAAUACCGCUGUUGAUGUUGAACGUGGUCUGAUGGAGCUGAGGAAACUGGGGAUUGAAACCCAAUUGUGGGAAGAGUCUCGCAGGAUGAUUGAUCCUGAUUCCAAUCACAAGACCCAAAUGGACUUCGAGCUUAAUUAUUAGAACAUCUGUCUUUCUUUUCUUUCUUUCUUUUCUGGGCAGUCUUUCUUUCCCUUCUGGAUGACUUUUGCUGUAAUACCUCAUCUUUCCAACGACUGUAUAUUCUUAUUUUAUUUUUCUCUUAAAGCUUUAGCUCUGAUGUAAGAUUAAGGAUUACCACGUAAAAAGCAUGAAAAGACAAUGGUUUUUCUUUUGGUUGUGGUUUUGCAAAAAGGCAGAAACGGUUUAAAAGGUGAAAUAAAAAACAAACAACUUUGCGGCCUAAAUACUGUAUUUAUGUUGUUUCAAAA